AUGGAUCGCGUAGAUCCGACUUCAGAUCCCGACUCUCCUCCAUCGUCUCCGGAAACCCCUCGAAAAUUACCUGAUGAUCUCCCAACUUCCCUCGAUGACCGCCGUUCCUUUCCUAGCUAUGGAGGAGAGACUGAGAUGUACGAUGGCUGGCAAGGAUCUUCCCAGUAUAUCACUGCCCCGACCCCUGCCAAGCCAAUUGCUUUCGACCUCCACUUGGAUACACCGGCUUAUGAUGAAGAAGAGACCUUUGCGCGACUGCAAGACAGCGAUUCUCGCCUGAUGGAGAUGGUAGCGGCACAGGCCCACCACCGGGAAGAUGGCAGUCCCGGGCAAGAUGAAGAUGCAAUUGCCACGGACCAGAAACUGUCGCGUGACGAGAAAAGCGCGAUUCUACAAAAGAGCCUUAACAUGGCCGCAAGCAACGGAGAUGUGGCACGAAUUCAGAAGCUGGUCGGAGGGCGAGCGAAGGAAUUCGUGGACGUCAACCAGCCCGACGAAGAAGGGACGGUUCCACUGAUCUAUGCCAGUUGCUUCGGACAUUUGGAUGUUGUGGCAGCGCUGGUGGAUGCUGGAGCUGUGGUAGACAAGCAGGAUCAAAACCAGUGGAGUGCUUUGAUGUGGGCAAUGACCAACCGACACAAGCAGAUCUCUAAACUCCUGUUGGAUCAUGGUGCCAAUCCCGAUAUCAAAUCAUCGUCGGGUGGAACUGCCCUGGACUUUGUUCAGCCUGGUUCGGACUUCUCCCACUACUUGCACGAAAAUGGCUAUCACUUUGGCAUGUCCAGCCUUGGUGAUGAUUUCUAUAACUCUGGCUUCUCGCAAGACCGUUUUGAGGAAGAAAUGGCCGAGAACGAAAUGAAGCGACGGAUGCUGAUGCAGGAAAGUGCCACCAAUCUUGAAGUGGAUCUUUCUACCCUCGGCUUUGAUGAAGGCCCAGAGUCACCCACCGAUGUCGAAUCUGACGAGGAAGAAUUCAUUUGGGAUCGCUGCGUUGGCGAUCAGAUGUUUGUUUUUCAAACCGAUCAACUCGAUCCCAUCUUUGACCUUAUCAUCACUGGAAUGACACCUCAGCGGUCUCCCUCCCAGAAGCCUGUCCCUGCAAACCUCAUCUUCUUGAUGGCUCGAUAUGCACAUUAUCACAUGACUAGAACCCUUUUAGAAGAGGUGUUGGAGAAAGCGAUGGACCGGAUCAACGACGUCAUUGAGAGAUAUCAAUGGGAUAUGACCAUGCUCGCCUUUUGGGUAUCGAAUUCGACCUUGCUCCUCCACUACCUGAAAAAGGAUGCUGGAUUAGUCCUGGCUACGUCCAAGUAUCAACUAGAGUUGGCGGAGCUCAUCAACGAGAUAUUCAUUCUCAUCAUCCGAGAUGCAGAGCGAAGAAUGAACAAAAUCCUCGAUGUGGCCAUGUUAGAUCAUGAGACAAUCCCUGGCCUCGACGAUAUUGCCUUCCAAGGUGAAUGGAAAGUCUUCAAGUCGAAGCCCAAAGCGAAAGAAGAGGCGCCCGACAAACGAUUUCGACCUCCUUCACCCAAAAGGCGCGCCCAAAUUUCACCUCGGAACAUUACUUCUCUGCUAUCAUCGACCCUGUUCGUACUUGAUCUGUACGACGUGCAUUCUGUGAUCACUGCGCAGAUAUUGGCACAACUUUUGUACUGGAUCGGAGCAGAACUCUUCAAUCGUGUUAUGACCACGAGAAAAUAUCUGUCACGGACCAAAGCCAUGCAAAUCCGCAUGAAUGUCUCUGUGAUUGAAGACUGGGCACGGGCUAAUAAUCGACAGCCAGAGCACUAUGAAAAUGGAUCUACGAUUUCGACAGGGGAGAACACUGUAGAUGCAGCUAGACGUCACCUUGCGCCAAUCAUUCAGCUUCUUCAGUGGCUGCAGUGUUUUAGUUCUCUCGGGGAAGAUCACGACUCUCUAGUGGGGACUCUGGUUCAGUUACAACGAUUAACGCCCACACAGUUAAUUAGUGCUGUCAAAAAUUACCGCGCAGAGGUGGGAGAGAAGAGCCUUCUCAAAUUACAUAUGAAGUUCCUGGUUCAACUCCAAAGAGGUGAACAGUCCUUGAUCAGAAGGCCCCUGACACCCAUGGUGGAGGCUUCAGAAACAGGCACUUCGACGCCAACCAAGGAGAACGGAGCACUAGUUGCAAAGCCUCCGAUCACCCCACAGGGGCCUUCUAUGCCUUCCGCAGCGUCUCCAGUUGAGCCAGAUGCUGAAUCGCCAUCGAGCCGCAAUGCGUUGACCUUGGACCAAUCUUUGAUGCUUCCAUUCUCACUUCCCACUUCAACAGAUAUGCUGAUCUCCUAUGGGGCUGGAAUUGGGGGAACAAAUCGAGAGCAAGCAAGGAAAUAUAUUCCUACUGUUCCAACCGAGGUUCUCAGCAAAUUGAAUUUGGACGGUGAAGGAACUAGACGACGAGGAGCAAGCGUGGGCACAAUUGGCACGACAGCACAAGGAUGGCAGAGUGGUGUGAUAUAA